AUGGGAUGUGGCGUUUCAAGGUCCAACCAGUUCCACAAACACUCCAGAAAAGCCGUCACCACUAUAAGAGCAGCUGUUCUAAUUCAACGAUGGUACCGGCAAUAUGUUGCUCGCACAGAGAUGAGACGGAGAUACACCUGGCACAUCUUCCAGUCCAUUGAAUACUCCGGAGAACAGGCCCAGAUCAAGCUUUAUAACUUUCUUGGCUACCUCAUGGACAAUUUCACGCCAUCCAGCACAGAACGAAAUUUGAUCUCGCACAUCUUUCGAGAAAAUGAUGUCUGUUGGGACUCAGAAUGGGAGAGAUACUUCUGCUACAAGAACAUUGAAGUGCCGGAGGUUUACUCUGGGCCUCAUCUCACCUUCCCCCUGACGGUGGAGCAGGCAGUCGGCCUCCUGGAAGCCUUCAGAAAUAAGAAACAGCUGCACUCUCGCUAUGUGCUCGAGUUGCUCCUGGAGACCUGGAAAGUACUCCGCAUGAUGCCAAACAUCAACCGCAUCUCCACCUGCCAAAGCAAAGAGGUCACUAUUUGUGGUGAUUUGCAUGGACAGCUGGAGGAUUUGCUGCUGAUUUUUUACAAGAAUGGCAUGCCAUCCUUAGACAAGCCCUAUCUUUUUAAUGGAGACUUUGUUGAUCGAGGCAAAGACUCCAUCGAGAUUCUCCUCAUCCUGUUUUCCUUCAUGCUCGUUUAUCCGUGUGACGUCUUCUUAAACAGAGGAAACCAUGAGGACCACAUCAUUAACCUCAGGUAUGGGUUCACCAAGGAGGUGUUGACAAAAUACAAGAUUCAUGGGAAGCGGAUUCUAAAGCUGCUGCAGAAGAUUUUCAGCUGGUUGCCCUUAGCAACCAUCAUUGAUCAGAAGGUGCUGGUCCUCCAUGGAGGUAUCUCCGAAAAUACAGACCUCAGCAUCCUGGCCAAAGUGAACCGUCAUAAUUAUGUUUCAGCUCUGCGACCUCCCAAGAGGAGGAACCACAGCCCAGCGGGCAUGUCUAUUGACAUAGACCUGGAUAACGAACUCUGGAACACCAGCAGGAUCCUCCAGCGUCGGGCCUCCUUCACAUAUCCUGAACCCCUUGGCCCGAAGGAUUGCUUCCACAACCGUUCACUGCAGGACUUCUCUAACCGGAUCAAGGCCAACACGCAUAACGAGCUGGAGAACAGCAGGAAGAAAGAGGAUAUUCUGGCAGCAGCACUCAGCAGAUCACAGCAAGACGUUUUGUCUCUGUCCACUGACUCUGUAAGCAGUGAUAAUGUCAAGGAAGAUUGGCGGCAGAUCUUGGACCUGCUGUGGAGUGACCCAAUGAACCAGGACGGCUGCAUACCCAACGAGGUGAGGGGUGGAGGUUGCUAUUGGGGCCCAGAUGUCACAGAGGACUUCCUGAACAGACACAACAUGCAGCUCAUCAUCCGGUCCCAUGAGUGCAAACAGGAAGGCUACGAGUUUUGCCACAACCGAAAGGUCCUCACUUUAUUCUCUGCCUCAAAUUAUUAUGAUGUGGGAAGCAACCGGGGAGCCUAUGUGAAGUUGGGUCCAGACCUUGUGCCUUAUGUUGUUCAGUAUCAGGCCAGCAGCAUGACCAGGGAACUCACCGCCAGGCAAAGUGUCGGGAGAACUGAACGUUCAGCCUUGAAAGUCCUGCGUGAACAGCUGUUUGCUCACAAGUCUGACCUCCUCUGUGCCUUCAAAAAGUUUGACACCGAGAACAAAGGCUUAGUGUCCCUGAACGACUGGGCCUCAGCUGUGGAGAGUGUUAUGCACCUGAAUCUGCCGUGGAGGAUGCUCUGCUCUCAGCUUGUCACCUGCAGGUCGACUGACAGCAUGAUUUCAUAUUACGACUGGUUCAACGAGCUCGCCAUCAAAGGGCCUAAUACAGACCACAUCGACCAGAGUCUGCUGGAAACUUUGUACCGCCAUCGCUCCACUUUAGAGACAAUCUUCAGGAUUGUAGACACAGAUAACUCAGGCUUUAUCAGCAUGGAGGACUUCCGGCAAACCUGGAAGCUCCUGAGCGUCUACCUGAAGAUGGAGAUCACAGACGAAGACAUCUGCAACCUGGCUGUGACCAUUGACAGCAACCAUGAUGGCACCAUCGACAUUGAUGAGUUCAUGGAGGCCUUCCGGCUCACGGACAAGAAGAGCCGGUUAGAGCGGGGCCGCAGCAUGUUCAUGGGCACGGCAUCGGACCUCAAGCUGGAGGAGGAUCCCAACGUAUGACCUGGAGCCUGAAAAGGAACUCCACAGAGGGGGAGCCGCUCGCAGUGCAAGCUGCUUUGGUGACGCACACGGCGAUGAAGGAUGACGCUGAGCAGCAUCUGCUGCGUGGAUUACAGGGAUAAGAUGGAGCUCAGUCUGCUCAAGCACCGUGUUUGUUGAAGGAGGUUCAUCUCAGCAAGUCUGAGACAAAACAACGGUUUUUCAGUAGUUACAAAAUUGGAACAAUAUGAUAUUUGGACUGUGUAAUAAAAUAAAAUAAAGUGUUAGAAUUCUUGAAUUUCUUACAAAAAAAGAUGUUAAUUAACCAUGUGAAACCAAAUUGUGCACAUUUAUUGACACCUCUGGUAAAUAUUUGUAUAUAGCCUUAAAAUAAAUUCAUGUUUUGAUGUGAAAUAAGACUUCUCUAAUAAAAUCCCAACAUUAAUUUGAUUACAUUUGGUGAAGUGGGAGAUAAAACGGAACUGAAAGCCUAAUGUUAAACAUCAGUUGCUGUCGUAUUUAUUUGAUUUUUUUUUUUUAUAAAAUAUCCGGUACAAUGAUUAUUUACACCCAUAAAAUGACAUGUAAUGUUUAUGUCCGUCUUUUGUUCAAAAUUAUGAAAGGUUUCAUUUUGAGUAAACUAUUGGGUUCAGUACCACUCAGGUAUUGAGUGCAAUGCUCAUCUUUGUUCAAAACAGAAAAGACAAGAUAUCAUGCCAUUUCACAA